AUGAAAUUGCUUUGGACUCUGUUGCUUUCGAGCAGGGCUGAUGAAGAUUGUGCGCCAAAUGAAAAGAUUUGCGAAAGAGUCGAAAACGCGCCAGAGAAAGUCGACGAAAUCUGCGGCAGCGACGGAGUCACCUACGCCAACCAGUGCGUCUUCAAACACUACAAAUGCGUCACCGGAGUCGUCGUUCAUAAAGUUGCGAAUGGAGCUUGCGAGGGAGAAAGCAAGCACCUCGAUUCAAUCAACAUUUCUCAGCUCGAACAGAAACAUUUGUGCCCCGUCCAAUGCAACAAAACCCGCGGCAGCAAAGUCUGCGCUACGGACGGCCAAACCUACAACAACGAAUGCGCCAUCUUCCAAAAACAAUGCGAAGGCGAAGAAGUCUUCUUCGAGCACUUCGGCAGCUGCUGCGACGGAGAAGACUGCUCGGGCUACGAGGGAGAAGGAAUGCUGAUGGAUUCGGUCGUGGAAGAAGAAAUUGAAGCGGAAGAGCCGAGCGCCAAAGCGGCCGCGUACGCGGGAAUCGCCAGGGCAGAUACGGAGUGCUUAAGGGGAUGCACUCUCAACUUGCUUCCAGUUUGCGGAACCGAUGGAAACAGCUACCCGAACAGCUGCGUCUUGACGGAGCGAAAAUGCUCCGACUCCCCCGAUCUUCAAAUCCUCCACCACGGCUUUUGCCAUCGAACGAUUCACAAUGACGAUUACGAUGAAUACAUGGAGGCGAAAGAUCCGGACUGGAACAAGGACCAGCCUGAUUAUGAUUCGCCGCUUUUCCAAGUCAACGACGAUCACGUGAUAACUGUAAAUGUCGAGUACGAAGACGAAUUUGACUCUGAUCAGCUGUUUCUGUUUGAUGCAGCUCUAGAAGGAGGAGAUUAUGAAGAGGAGGAAGAAGAAAUCGAAACAACAACGAUGUUGCAAACCACUCAAGCUUCAACGACUCCUGCUCCGACUCAAAACCCCAAGUGCAUCGAUGCUUACCCAAAAUUCGUUGAUGGAAAGUUUCAAAAAUGCCCCUCUUCCAAAGAGCACUACGAGCCAGUUUGCGGAAGCGAUGAUGUAACGUACUUCAACGAGUGCCACUUUCUUUCUGCCUUGUGUUUCGAGCCGAAAAAGAAAAAGAUUGAAAUCGAACACGAUGGAGUUUGCGAAUCCGACCCCUUCCAUGCUUUCCACGAAGCGCUAGAAUCAAAACGAAGGCCUCAAAUUGGCAAUGGACUCGAUCGAUCCGGAGGGAAUCGAAGCAAAAUGGAAAAAGCAAAGGCCCGCCGAGAAAAACGAAUUCAACACCGAAUCAACCGCAAAAAAGCGAAAGGAAAGCAAUCGCUUAUCAACGCUCGAAGUCAAGUUGUUUCCACCCAAGAAGAAAAUCAAGACGAAAUCAAGGCCGAAAAGCAGCUUUCUCGCUACGAAAAACGAGUUGCCUGGCGAAAAGCAAAACGAGCAAAAAACAAUCCUAAAAAGAACAAUUCUUCCGCAGUUAGUGGAAUGCUCAUGGACGUGGGAAUGGCAGGAGGAGAUGAAGCUUCAGAAACGAUGCACGAACUCGACGAAAAAUUUCCAGAUCUUUGCUCAGAAAUCAAUUGCGACGAUUUUGCAGAGCCAAGUUCAUCGAUCUGCGGCCGAGUGAAAAACAUGGAAGAUCAAGAACUGACUGGCAAAAUCUGGAGUUUCCGAAGCCGCUGCUUUUUCAAGCGAAAACGAUGCCACUUGAUCAAAAAAUCUCAGCAAGUUUUCGCCGCUCAAGUUCGCAAGCAAAAGAACUCGAUUGAAAAGAACGGAAUCGACCCAAGCGAAGUGAAAAAGAUCAAAUUCAACAAAACUGGAAGCCGUUUGAAACGAGUCGACUGCGAGUCCGGCGAGUUGUUGAAGAAAAAUCAAGCUGACGAAAUUGCUGAGGAUUUUGAGGAAUCGUCUGAAUACGAAGCCGAAAAUUGA